AUGCCUUUUGAUAGUAUAGGACCAGGUAAAAUACAGUACAGGAUAAUUGCGUGUUAUAAACUUUUAUUCGCAGAAACUGCAAUCAAUCUAUUAGGUCUAGAACGAGAAUUAAAAUCUAAUCAUGCAAAAUUUUUACAUGAACUUCCAGAUGAAUAUCUGGGAGAUUUACUUCCAGUAGCAAAACGAGUUGCGCUUGCAGUUGGAGCAGAACAAUAUAAUAUUUUGCAGAACAAUGGACCUCUUGCUCAUCAAAUUCAAUUAUUUGUUGAUUGUCAUAUGGCUAGACGUACGACACCUUUCGAACAAUUAGAUAAUCCCAUGUAUUUAUGCAAAGUGGAUUUUAAUUCAAUCAAACAGAUUUGUAAAAAUGUAGAUUUUAACAUAGCAAUUUAUCUUGAUGGGAUGGAUAUUGAGUGA